AAAAUAAAAGACUGUAGUUUAAAAGCCUAAAUUACUUUUAAAGUAUAGCAUUCUGACAGCAUCAUUUGAACUAUGUUAAUGGUUCAAACAAAGUGACUGCAACAGUUGUGGUGAUUUCAGGAGUUUGGACAGCUUUCUUUUAAUAGUUAAACAACCUAAGGGUUUUUUCAGCUUUAACCACAAAAUGUAUACGGUCCAGGCUGAGACUGAUCGUCUUUCUUAAAUAUUUAGGGAAGUGUCUUCUGUUGAGAAAUUAAUUUUGCUUAUAAUGAAAUGUAAGGACGCAACUUUGUUCUCAUAAUGUGGGGGUGCAGCCUGUAUUUGUAGAACUUCACAAUAGAACAUAAGAACGGCCAUACUGGGUCAGACCAAUGGUCCAUCUAGCCCAGUAUCCUGUCUGCCAACAGUGGUUAAUGCCAGAAGCCCCAGAGGGAGGGAACACAACAGAUAAUCCUCAUGUGAUCCUUCUUCUGUCACCUAUUUACGGACAAACAGAAUCUAGGGAUGCCAUUCCUACCCUUCCUGGCUAAUAGCCAUUGGUAGACCUAACCUUUAUGAAUCUAUCUAGCUCUUUUCUGAACCCUGUUAAAGUCCUGGUCUUCUCUACAGGUUGACUCUGCACUGAGUGAAGAAAAUACCCUGUAGUAUCUGAUCACUGUGGAAAGGAUCCCACUUCAAAGGUUUUCUGUAAACUGUUUACAAACCAUGACUCUCCGUGUUCUGUACGUAAGCUGAUAAAGCAUCUAUGCACUUUAAUCUUGGGUCUCUGCCAGUUUGCUCAUAUAAGUGUGAGCCCUUCUCUUGAAUUUUUGGAUACAAAGACUUACUAGCCAAAGUCUCAUUCUUGCCUUAGUAAUGUUCCAGAGGCUGAAUAAUAUGUUUGUGGGAGAAAUCAAUAACUUGUCCAGCCAAGAGCCAGAGUUCAGUGAAAAAGAAGAUGAAGAAUGGAUUCUGGUUGACUUUAUAGACACUUGCACUAAUUUUGCAACAGAGGAAGAAAACAUCAGCGAAACAUCAGCUGCUGACCACUCCCCAGUCUUUUCGUGUUUACCAACUUCCUUAGAAUGUUUGGCUGAUGCCAGCGAGUCUUGCUUCAUCCAGUUUGACUCAUGCCCCAUGGAGGAGAGCUGGUUUAUUACCCCUCCCCCAUGUUUUACUGCAGGUGGAUUAACCACUAUCAAGGUGGAAACCAGUCCUAUGGAGAACCUUCUAAUUGAACAUCCCAGCAUGUCUGUAUAUGCUGUUCAUAAUACUUGUCACAGUCUAAAUGAAACUAGCUGUGGAGAUGAGGAGUUUCAUAAUCCAAAUAGUCCAAGGUAAGCCUCCCUCUUUUUUUCCUAUUGCCAAUAUGAUGUAAAUACACAAGCUAUGAAUUACUGCUGAAUACAAAGGAACAGAGUAAAUACCUAGCUGCAACUUUCUUAGCCCAAAUGCCUUAAGAAUUCAUUAGAAGCUUCAGUUCUAAGUGAUUGAACAAAGCACAAAUACUCUCAACAUUUUAAGAUAAGAUGAUCAUAGCUUUAUGCCUUUUUUCUUAAACUGUUCUACAUUGUGGCCAUGCUAGGAGUGAAUAAUCAGAUGUCUGAUCUUGGGAUUAUAAUUAAUACUUCUGGGGUCUAACUUAUCCCAUUAGUUGUAUACUCCAUUCCUGUUGAAGUCAGAGGAAGUUACUGACAUGAUAAAAUAUCCUAUCCAGGUGCCUCCUAGAAAUGUAGCUGCGCAAGGGACCUCCAGAAAUGCAUCUAACGUAGUCUCCAAUGUUGAAGCAAGACCAAAUACCUAAACUAUCUCCAGCAGGUGUUUGUUUAACCUCUUCUUAAAAAUCUCCUGUGACGGGGUUUUCACAGUCUCUCUUGGAAACCUAGUCCAGUGCUUAACUAGUUUAUAGUUAGGAAAAAUUUCUAAUAGGUAACCUAACAUUACUGUGCUUCAGAUUAAGCCCAUUACUACUUGUCCUACCUUCAGUAUGUACCGAAGAACAAAGGCACACCCUCCUCUUUAUAACAGCACUUAAGGUAUUUGAAGACUGUAUUCAGGUCUCCCUUCAGUCAUCUUUUCUUAAGACUAAACACGCACCGUUUUUAAAUUUUUCUUUAUAGAUCAGAUUUCUAAACCAAAAGAGAGCAAUAAAAAUGAUAAAAGGUACUUGGCCCCCACCCCUGUAGUAUCUAAAGUGCUUCGCAAACACUAGUGAUGUCCUCACAACCACUUGAGUGGAGGAAGUACUGUCUCCAUUGCAGAGACUAAGAACUGGGGGCAGGGAAGAAUGUGUGAUUUAUCUAAGAUCAAGUCACAGGAAGUCUGGGGGUACACCUACACUGCAGUUAAAAACCCAUAGCUGAUCAAUGCCAAUAGAUAGGGCUCAGGUGAAGGGGCUAUUUUAACUGCUGUAUAGAUGUUUGGGUUCGGAAAGUCACCAAUAAACAAUAUUAUUUUCUUGUUAAAGUCAGAAACUAUUCUUCCACUAGGGUCUGAAUCCUAAGGAGGUGACCAGGCAGAAUGGCCAGAGACACAAACCUAUAAUGCAAUAUUUGCUUAGUAGAGGAAGCAAAAAUGUUGAUGUAGCAAAAAUAUUUCCAUUAUGACCCCAAGUAUUUUCCCCAUAUACUCACAUUCUGAGAAAUACUAAUGUAAUUCCUGCGGACCUUGUUCAGAAGGCCUGGACAAAUUGG